CCUUUCCCCUAAACCUUACCAAAAACCUUAUCCUCCACUAAACCCAUGGCUUCCUCUGCCUCUCCCCUGCAACUCCAUCCCCUAUCUUCAUCCAAACCCUUAUCCUCCUUCACCAAAACCCCAACACCCAAUACUCUCCACCUCUUCCCAUCAUCCUUAACCCCAUUUCCAAAGCUCCUCUGUUCCACCACCCUCUUUGAACCCACCCCAUCCUCUCGAAUCACCCGCAAUGUCGCCGUAUCGUCCGGGUUCGAGCUCGAUGAGGAAUUGUCUGAUGAUCAACAGGAACAGAGUUUCUCCCCUGACCUCAAGAUUUUUGUGGGUAAUAUGCCCUUUAGUGUUGAUAGUGCUGCUCUUGCUGGAUUGUUUGAGACUGCUGGAAAUGUUGAGAUGGUUGAGGUUAUAUAUGACAAAGUUACUGGAAGAAGCCGAGGUUUCGGCUUUGUAACAAUGUCAUCAGUUGAAGAAGUUGAGGAAGCUGUCAGGAAGUUCAACGGUUAUGAGCUCGAUGGGCGGGCAUUGAGGGUGAACUCGGGUCCUCCACCGCCACGGAGGGAGGAUUCAUCGUUUGGCGGGCCAAGAGAAGGCGGUCGUGGUGGCGGUGGGAGAAGUUUUGACAACACCAACAGGGUUUACGUCGGAAAUCUCGCUUGGAGUGUUGACAAUGUUGCUCUUGAAACGUUGUUCAGAGAGCAGGGAAAUGUUGUGGAAGCGAAAGUCGUUUACGAUAGGGAGAGUGGUAGGUCAAGGGGGUUCGGGUUUGUUACGUUCAGUUCUGCUGAUGAGGUCAACAGCGCAGUCGACUCGUUGGAUGGCGUUGAUCUUGAUGGCAGAAAUAUCCGAGUAAGCGUUGCUGAAGCGCCACAAAGGCGUCAGUUUUAAACAAUUAAAAGGUGUGAUGAUGCACUUAUGUGUGUUUUAAACAAUUUGUUUUAUUUAGUUAUGCGAAUUCUUAUGAAACCGGUGAGAAUGUUACACUAGUUUAAAGAGGAAGGUGAUGCUUAUUAUGAAGCUGUGACGGCAUGCACGUAAGGGCUAAUAGGUCUUGCAAGUGUCAUUAAGUUUUGUAACCGUAUGCUUUCGAAUUAGAUUAUAUUGGUGUAUGAUUUGUGGGAAGAAUGUUAUGGUGAUUGUGCAAGAAACAUGUUGUUGAAAA